AUGUCGCAGCAGAUCGUCUGGAGUAUGGCCAUGUUCUGGCUCAGUUUAGGGCCAUUGAAGCUGAAUUGUGAUGUUGCGUUGUAUGGCCACUUUUGCGCAUCGGUUGCAUUCCGCAGACCCUGCUUACCUCCUCCACCAUCACAACAUUCUCCUCCAUCCUCCGGAGCAGAUGAGAACUGUUGUCGAAUUGGCUCUGGAGUAUCUGGCUCAAGGUUGACUUACCCACGGCGAGCUACACCUCCGCUCGACCAGUAG